AUGUGUGUGGGGAGGCGGGUGUGGGUGGCGGCCGCCGUGCUGGGGGUGGCGCUGGCGUCGCCUCCGACACCCACUACUACUAACAAGGACAAACUACCUUUCGAGGCUGUCUUUCAAGAAUUCCGCACGCGCGAUAUAUCCUUUAAAUACGUAAAGGCCUCCGCCCAUGUUGCUUGCAGCUGCCAGGUCAACGCCCACAGUCCUUGUCACUCACUGCCCACGCCCACACCUCGACUGAACUACACCAAGCUGGACGGGUCGAUACUCUACGAGAAGGAGGCGUCGUUUGUGGCCGUCCUGGACGAUAACGACUACCAAUCGGAUUCUGGGUCGUUGUACCCUGGCCUAGACGACCGCCUGGCGGGACCGCAUGCCGCCAGGUACCGCUCCAGCCUGCGUCGCCUCGACGACAACAUUGACUACAAUCAGCUCAUCGACAGGGCCGACAUUCUCAACUACGACAAGUACAAGACGGAGCACGAGACGGCCUUGGAGAGCUUCGGAGGCGAAGAGGAGACGGGCCCGGAGACCUACUUGGAGCUGGACCUCCAGGACACCUUCCACCCGCACACCUCCCCUGGACCCAACCUGGAGCAGAAGGUGCCGUCCGAGGUGCCUAACCUGCAGGCAACGGAGAGCCUCACCUCUCUGUGCCAGCUGGAAUGUGGUCCGGGAAGGUGCCAACUGGACGCUCAGGCAGGAGUGCCACGGUGCCUGUGUCCCCUGGGUCGUGCUGGGAGGUUCUGCCAUCCAGGUGCUCAAAUUGAGACGGCAAGAUUCCAUGGGUCAUCAUGGGUCGGGUUUGCACCACUCAGGGAGGCCUACAGGGAUGUGCAGCUGACCCUUGAGUUCAAGCCAGAAACUCCUGAUGGUGUGCUGCUAGUGUCGGGUGAGAACGAUGACCUCUCAGGAGACUUCAUGGCUGCAGUGCUUGUUGGAAGCUUUGUGGAGUUCAGAUGGGACUGUGGUUCAGGAGCAGGAUCAGUACGAUCCCCUGAAGAAGUUCACAUGGGAGAGUGGAACCGACUAACCGUGUAUCGCCACCGUUGGGAUGUAUGGCUGCAGUUGAAUGAUGGGCACCAUAUUCAGGGACGCUCAGAGGGUUUGUUCUCCCGAAUUACAUUCCGUGAACCAUUGUAUGUGGGAGGAUCUAACAACCUGACAUCGCUUGCUCCACGCCUUGGUGUAACUACUGGCCUCCAGGGUUGUGUUCGACGACUUCAAGUCAAUGAUCACGUUUAUCGUUUUCGGAAAAGUGAUCCACUUAGAGAGCCGAACCUCUCAUCAGACUAUGCAGCAUUAGAUGGCUGGGGCAUAACUGAGUGCAUUGGUGAUGCUUGUAGUGAAGUCGAGUGCCAGCAUGGUGGUAAAUGUGUGGCCUCCUCCUCCUCCUCCUCUCCCUCCCAAGAUAACAGGAAUCUUUCAUCGUUGACAACACCAACUCCACCUCCGUUCUUUGCUCCACCACCACCGGCACCAGUUUGUCUCUGUCCCUUAGGGUAUUCAGGAGAUUUCUGCGAGAAGCAACUCAAUCUUGAGGUUCCUUCAUUCAAUGGGUCAUCACACCUUAUGUUUCCUGCCCUUGGAGGUUCUGUGCUGUCGUGGCUAGAGCUGGAGCUGGUGUUUCGUGCGGCAUCCAUUGAUGGAGUCCUCCUGUACGAGAGUCAUCGUUCAGAUGGUACAGGAGACUUCAUUGCCCUGACACUGUCACAGGCUCAUGUCCUCUUUACAAUUGAUUUAGGCUCUGGAAUCUUGACUCUCAGAUCGGUAUACCCAAUUCGUCCCGGCAUCUGGCACUCUGCACGAGUUUCACGAACAGGGCGUUGGGCAUGGCUGUAUGUGGAUGACCAACCUGUAGUGAGUGGCUUGACUCCUGGAGGUUUCACUAUGCUGUCUCUUUCCCAUCCACUGUACCUAGGAGGAAUUCCACCCACAUCCGUCUCGCAGCCCAUACUCCCAGCAUCUCAAGCAUUUACUGGCUGCAUACAGAAGCUAGCACUCAAUGGUCGGCCAAUUCACCUCGUCUCGGGCGCUGUCUCAGGAAGCAAUGUAGAUUCUUGCAAUCAUCCUUGUUCUCAGCGUCCUUGUGACAAUGGUGGUAUCUGUGAACCUCACGGACCAUCAUACACGUGUCGUUGCCCUCUUGGCUUCCAAGAUGACCAUUGCAGGAGUCGAGUGGUGACACAAGCAGCAACACCAAGCUUCAGUGGACGGUCAUUCUUAAAAUAUGCAGAUACAGAGAUAAUGAAACGAGUCUCUGGUGAUAAAUUGCAUCUCUGGUUGAGGUUCCGAUCUUUGACCCCUGAUGGCCUCCUAGUGUGGGCUGGAGAGGAAGAUGAUGAUGGAGACAACAGAGAUGUAAUAGGACCACCUCUGGGAGACUCGCUUAGUCUUGAAUUACAAGAUGGACGUCUUGUAUUCCGUUACAAUUUGGGCUCGGGAUAUGCCCAGCUUAUGUACAACAGUAGUGGUCGCUUAGAUGAUGGCCAAUGGCAUACUGUUCGAAUCUAUAGGUAUGAGAGGGAAGGCCGCUUGUCUGUGGACGAUGAAGAGGAAGGUGUCAUAGUGUCCCCCGGUGACUUGGUGCAGCUCAAUGUAGACUCCUCUCUAUAUAUUGGUGGGCGUGAGACCUUCCGUGGAGUCCACAAUGGAUAUACGGCACCUGGACUAACUGGUUGUGUGGCUGACCUGACCUUGGCAACAGAUUACCAUGUUGACCUCAUAACUCAGGCAACAGCAGGCCAGAACAUUGACUACUGCUGACCGGACAGAGGGUAGGAUGGAAGGGACGAAUGCUAGAAGAAGAAAGACAAAGCUGAUUAUUUGCAGAAAUGAUUUUAUGAUAAAGUAAGAAAUUAACAAAAUUUUAACAAUGAAACAUUUUCCUUUAUUUCAAAUGUCAAAGGGCUAAAAUUGAGUAUAUAGAAUAGGAAUGAUUUUGGUUUUGAGAUGUUAUUGACACAGGUGAUAAGGUAAUUGUCUAUUAUAUCAACUAAUGGCAAGGUUAUGACUAGCUCAAUGUAUCAUAGGAAACAGGUUAUAUUGGGCUACAAAAUCACUGUAAACUGCAACAACAAUAUUUAAAUCUCUGUUAAAUAAUGUAAAAGUAAUUGUGAUAGAAAUAUGUCACUAGCCUCUAGUGUUAAUUUAUGCUCAUGGCUACAAAUAUAGUUGUUUACAGUGGUUUCAUAUUUUGAUUGAAUGAGAUGUAUCAGUGGUAAUGAAGCUUAACCAUCACCUCAGUAGAACCAAAUCGUCAUAUAGAGUGAAUGCAAAAUAUCACCUUUAUUCCUUAUCCCACCUAAGGUUCAUAAUCACUCAUCCCAUUCAGUUGACGAAACAAUCUGUUGUACAGAUUUGCUGGGAAGAUUAAAUAAUGCCCUAAGUUGAAGCAUCUUAGAAAUGAUUCAUUCCUCUCUGAGUGUGUGAGUGCGAGUGCUUGAAGAAUGUCCAUAUCUGUAUGUACUGCACAUGUCAACAUUAUGUUUUCUUUGGUUUUCGUGUAGAAUCACUAUUAUAUAAAAUAAAUUCUAAAAAAUGUAACCGAGUGUCCAUUAUGAAUGCCACAUUCAUAUAAGCUUAUUUCAUAUGUAACAACACACAAUAACAGUUCAAAUGGAUAGUGUGUGAGGCUACAUAUACAUGUAUAAAUGUAUGUAUGCAUAUAAUAAUAUAUAUAAAUCUUAUAUCCAAAUCAUUUAAUUUGGGCAUUUAGGUAACAUUUUUCACUCUUGUGAUGAAUUCUAAGGUGUUUAUUUGCAUUGGAGAAAUUUGAAUUUGAAUAUCCAUUAAUUGUUUGUAAGUAUAAAAACCGUAAUUUGAAUAUGGCUCUGAGCAUGCGCAUCUUGGACAAGUUGAAAGAGAGAGAUAUUGCAUGCCAUUGUUGUAAAAAUGAUAUGUUCUAAGGAAAGCCAUUUUCUCUUAAUAUAUUAUUUUAAGCAAUAUUCAUGUGAACUUGUAAACAAAAUAUUUUUAUUUGUGUAAAUAUAAAAUUUUUAGCACCUUUCAUAUUGGCUUAAUGUAAGUGUUCAUUUUUGUAUGUCAACAAGUUUGUGUUCCUCUGAGUGAUAAUAUAGUUUUGCCAGGAUACUAUUGUAUAUCAGGUGACCAGUUAUUACUGUUCUCAUUUUGUGCUGCCAUGAUGGCAUUUUGUGCUAUAGUGAUGGCAUUUUAGUAACCUCCUCCAAAUCAUGCAUAAUUGCUACCUCCAAAUCUCAUGUCUGGAUACCAGUUUCAUUAAUUUUGUAUAUUACAAAAUUAUCAUCUUUCUUUUGGUCAUAUAUUGUAUCAUAGAAUUUGUCAGAUUUAUAUACACACCCACACAGAUUCAAGCUAAGGAAACAAAGGUACUGAAAAAAUAUUAGAAAUUUUUUUUGCAGAGUGGUAGACGGUUUAAUAAGUGAGAAGGUGGUGGAGGCCAAAACCGUCAGUAGUUUCAAAGCGUUAUAUGACAAAGAGUGUUGGGUAGACGGGACACCACGAGCGUAGCUCUCAUCCUGUAACUACACUUAGAUAAUUACACAUACACACACACACAGAGUGAGACUGAAUGAGAAGAGACCCAGUAGACAAGGUCCAACACAUGGUACAGAGGAUUAGGUGACUAGAAGAGGUGGCUAGAAAUCAUGUACUUUAGUAAAUAAAUUCUAAUAAAAAAAAGCUUGAAAGCAAACGGUAUAAAAAUGAUUCCAUUAAUUAUAUAGUAAUCUAGUAAACCAGAAAGGACAAGUGAUUCAAUUUAUUACUUAAACACUUUAUUUAAUAAAUUAAUAAUUAUCACUUUCGCUCGGUAAGAACUCAGCAUUGAGUCCUCUGCAGUAAUUGGCUUCCGGAGGGACGUGCUGCAGUUUUGGUCAUUAUAUGCAUAUACUCCUAUAGGGAAUUUCAUUGCGAAUACAUUGAUACCAAAAUAAAAGACCUAGGAUCAGAAUUGAGGUAACGAAGUUGAAAAGAAUAUACCCAUUUUAUUGCUCUUUAUUAGCGCUUACUGGGGUAACGCUCCGUCACUUUCUCUGGUUGCUGUGGGUGGUACGCUGGGCUUUUGGACUUUAUAUUUGCAUAUGCAUCUGUAGGGAAUUCUAUUGCGAACACAAUGACACAAAAAUAAAAGACCUAGGACGAGAAUUGAGGUGACCAAAGUGAAAAGUGUAACAAUUCAUUGCUGUUUAGCGCUCCCGGGUAACUUUCUCUCACUUUCUCUGUUUUGUGUGGGUGGUACGCCGGGCUUUUGGACUUCAUAUGCAUUUAAUCGUGUAGAGAAUUCUAUUGCGCACACAUUGAUGUCAAAUUGGAAAACCUAGUAUGAGAAUUGAGAUGACAAAGUUGAAAAGAGUAUACACUUUUCAGUAUUACCAUGCAUUCUAAUGGACGGCCCAGCACUCCUCCCUGCUCUGAUCACCUGCUUUCAUCACGUCGGCGGGUGGAGCGUGCCACGGUUUUUGACAUUAAAUGCAUAUACUCCUGUUGGGAAUUUUAUUGCAAACACAUUGAUACCAAAAUGAAAGACCUAGGACUAAAAUUGAGGUGACCAAACUGAAAAAGAGUGUACACAUUUUAUCGCUCUUGCGCGCUCCCGGGUAACUUUCUCUCACUUUCUAUGUUUGCUGUGGGUGGUAAGCCGGGCUUUUUGAGUUUAUAUGCUUUUAGUCCUUUAGAGCAUUCUAUUGGGAACAUAUUGAUACAAAAUUGAAAAACGUAGGAUGAGAAUUAAGGUGACAAAGUUGAAAAGAGUAUACACUUUUCAGUAUUACCGCACGCUCCCGCAGAAUGUCCAAAACCACUAGGGUGACAGAACCAGGAGAAAUGCUCGCUCACUCAAAGCGUGAAAGUGUUAAAUAUUUUGCUUUGGUUGUCCUUUUUUGUUUUACUAGAUUACUAUUUAAUUAAUGGAACCUUUUUUUUUAUACCAUUUGCCCUCAAACAUUGUUAGGAUUUGUUUGCUAAGAGUACAUAAUUUAUGGCUAACUUUUCUGGUCACACAAUCCUCUGUACCAUGAAAGUUUGACCUUUCCUAAUGGUUCUGUUUUUAUUCAAUUCUCAUCCUCAUUCUCGUAGGAUUAGCACAACGCCAAGUAAAAAGUGCUUAGAUUAUCUUUUCACGUGUGGUUUUUGUUGUGUGCGUGCACACGCUUACCAGUUGAUUGACAGUUAAGAGGUGGGACCAAAGAGCCAUAGCUCAACCCCCGCAAGCACAACUAGGUGAGUACACUGGGAAGACGGGACACCACGAGCAUAGCACUCAUCCUGUAACUACACUUAGGUAAUUGCGCAAUUACACACACACACACACACACUGUAUAUAUUUUCAACAAGACUACAAAUGAUCCCUUAAUGAUUCAAACCUAGGCCACUAGGGUAGCAGUCCAGUACUAAACCCAGGCUAUCAUUGGUUAAGUGGGUAUAGUACAGGGCUGAUAGGCUGGUAGCCUAGGUUCAAAUCCUUGAGAGAUCAUUUUAAGUUCUAUUGCGGUUAUGUUAGCUAAGAUAUAUGAAAAUGAUACAGUAUAUUUAAUAUUAUACAAUUUUAAACAAAGCUCAACAGUUUCACAUAAAAAAACUAAAUUAUUUAUUUAAAUUUUAUAUCUAGAAAUAUCAUGUAAUUCUUUACAUGAAAUCUAUCAUCUUUAGUGGCUUCAACAGGGACAGGAAGCCAGCAACUUGUCAAAGGUCCUCUCUUAUUCCUCUCUGGUAACAGCUGUAAUCAUUAUCAUUAAAUACAGUAAUAUAUAAAACACAGCAUCAGACGUGCACUUGAUGUGUAAUUAAAAGGAGCAAUAACGCCCCAAAUUAAACUUGAUGCUCCAAACACUCUCAUGAAAUUCUUUAAAUUGGAGAAAUAUAUAUAUUUGGUGUUUGAAUUCAAAUGAUGCAUGAUUUGGAAGAUGUGUACUUUGACCCUGUGUGUGAAUACAAGACUAUGGUUUUAUCAUUAGAAUUAAGGGAAAAAGUUUGCCUUUUAUUUGAUAAAAUUGUGUGUACUAUUAUUAUAUGGUUAUAAAAGUUGCUACAUUUCAUAACUACUUAAGCUUUACUUCAAAACCUAAAAGAAAUUUGCAGUUGGUACACACUAAUAUGAUCCUAUAGGCGUGUUCUACAUAUCAUUUUGUAAUGUAAUAAUAGUAAGUUAAUCAAGAAGAUAGUGCCUACAUAUUUGUGUUACUUAAGUCAUUCUCAGAAUGAACAUUCUUAGUAUCAUCUAGUCAGUGUAUGUUGAUGUCAACCAGUCAAGAGCUUACACACCACAAAAAAUGGGAGAGGGUAUGAUACUAGCAUUAUGAUCCCAGGGGGAGCUAAAAUAUUCAAUUAGUGUACAGUACUUUGUAUCAGUACCAAUAAUAAUAUUCCAGUGGAUGUGUAUAGAAUGUUGCUAAGUUAUGGUCCUAAUAUACUAGAUAGUUUUUCAAAUUCAUAUUCAUUCAAGAAGUAAAUGUAAUGGUACCUGUGUAAAUAUAAUUUCCAGUAUCCAGUAGUCCUCCAUCAGUAUGGCAUAAAUUUCUAACUCCAUCCUUUUACAAAUAUGAUGAGCCCAUGUUACUGAUACAUAAUGUAGUUUAGACACUCCAGAACCGAUGGUACAUAUGCUAUAAUAUCAGAACCUUGACAUCCCACUAAUGACCAAACAAAAAUUAUUAGGAGUAUAUACUCCCAAAUGUACAUAAUACAAUAUAGAUUAACAGAUUCACCAUUACUUUGAUCAUUUAGGACCCUUACCCACAGAACUGAAUAUUUUAGAACCUGUUUCAUUUAUUAUACUUUGUUACUUAAUAGCUCCUGCAGAUUUGAAUCAUGAAAUAUGUUCCUUGGUUAAUAUAAAACUUAGGUUUGUACCACAUAAUCAAGAUUGUGGUUAACUGUUUGGAUAAUAUAGGUAUCAGUGAAAUACCAAAUACCAGGGCAGAUGGAUUAUCAUACCCUUUCUAUUUUGGAUAUCGUGCAAGAAAAACAAAAACAAAAAUGUCACAGCCUAUAUUCUAGUAACUUGAUCCUAUGUGGUGGUAAUGUUGUAAUCAUUGAAACAGUCAUUGUAAACUGUAAGUUCUCAAUAUGUGAAGUUUAUUUUACUAAUAUGCAAAGCCAUUUUAAUUAUUAUGCCAGCAUAUGACUAUAAUAAAACUAAUUUAAAAAUAUGAUAAGUAAUUAGGUAAGCAGAAGGUUCAUUUACAUAUUUUAAUGAAAGCAAAAUAAAUUUAUACAUUCUACAAAUGCAAAGUUCUGGAGGUGGAAUUUUUUAGAUACCAAAAAUAAUUAAAUGUUCAUGUUACUCUAACAUUUGUACCAUUACAAUUAAGAUCUCCAUUGUAUGAGAGAGUUUUAUUAAUACUAAAACAGUAAUAUAAUAUCAUUAAUACUAUUGUGACUUACAGAUUAUUGAAAGAGUAUGAAAUGUUAAGGUCACCCAGUAUUUAAAUGAAACAAAAAUAUUUUCCACCGAGUUGCGAGAAAAUCUCAUUAAUGAAUCAAGAUGCAGGAGAAAAUAUGAACCUAAGAUCUAAAAAUGGCUUCAUUCCAGUGCUGAAUUUUAUGUGUUAGAUAAAAUACAAUAAACUAAAUUAAAUAUACAAAAUCAAGAAUUCUGCGUGCGUGUUUAAUUCAAGUGAUUUCAACUUGUUGCCAUCACAGGGUCAAACUCAAGCACUUGGUGUGACCUCGGUAGGAAUCAAGAGGUGUCAACACAGUUCAUGUACAGCAACUAUGGAGUAAAUCUUGUGCCAUUUUAAA